AUGGCGGUGGCAGCCACAGAUGCUCAAGGCCUGCAGGUCACCUACCUCCGGCUCCUGGUUAAAGUCAUAUCUAUGCUGCUAGAGUAACUGAGGCCACUGUGCAACUACCCAACAGGCCCAAGAAGAGGUUAUUUUUUCUGGGUUCCAGUUAUGAAAUGGGGGCUGGUCUGUGUUGAAUUACUUGACAUGGCCAGAUCUUCAGAGAAACUCAGCACAGCUCAAUCCACUGUGUUGAUGGCUACAGGGUUUAAUUGGUCGAGAUACUUGCUUGUGAUUAUACUGAAAAAUUGAAGUUUGUUUGCUGUUAAUAUCUUUGUGGGGACAGCAGGAGUCUCUCUGGUCUUCUGCAUUUGGAGCAAUCAAAAACUAAAAGCUAAAGGAAUCAAGUAA